GAAAUUUGUAAGGUGCGCAAAAACAAUGCUUACAAUUCUGGAGUCUCAAGACUAAAUAGGUGGAUCGAGUUCGCGAUCAAAUCAUGGCGGUGACCGAUGGCAUCAUGUUGCUCGGCUCGGAGCUGGGCUUCGGUAUGAAUGCGUUUGUGGGCGGCCUCGUGGGGCUCCACAUGCUGGCGCUGUGCUACUGGUUGGUAAAGUUUCUGCAAGAAAGCUCCAAAACUGCCAAGUACGCCGCGAUCAAGAAGCGCCAGUGAGCAUAGCAGCUGAGGACCUACUGAUAAGCGAUGCAGCGACGGAGCUUUGUAUUAGUGAGAGCGUUGAGUAUGCAUCAAAGAUCGAAUCAACCUGCCGUUUCUUUUCGCUCCGGUCAUUGUGCACCGCUCUAAAACUGUGACGAGCUGCUCCAAUUGCUGCUACGACGGGACUUCUAACAAACUAUUUUUUUUAUCGGCGACCGCGAAUCUUCAUCUCUUGCAUGGCUUGGAAGCGGCCGGUGUAGUAUCCUGACUGAUACCAUGCCAUGA